ACGAGGGGAACCCGGGAACCGAGGAGGUCAGGAGGGGUCACGGAGGGGUCAAAGGGGUCAGGGGGGGUCACAGCGAACUCGGGGCCAGGCGGGACAAUGGGAGGGGCUGGGGACCCCCCGGGACCCCCCCUGGGUUACGGGAACCCCCCCAGACCCUCCCGGGGCCCGAAUCGCCGCUCCCCCCCCACCGGAACUCCCCGGUACCGCCCCCGCAAGGCCCCGGGGUCCCCCCACCAAACUCCCGUCACCCCGAGAGCCUCCAGGUCCCCCUCACCGAGCCGCGUGUCCCCCAGGCGCCCCCAGAGCCCGCGGCCCGCCCCGCCCGCCGCCGCCUCCGCCGCCAUCACCGGAGAGGCUCCGCGCCGCCGCCCGGAACCAAAGCGCCGGGGCCGCGGGGCGGGCGGGAAGCGGGCGCGGUGACACACGGGGCGGGCGGAGCCAUCGCGGGGUGGGCGGGACCAAUGACAGUAGGGGGCGGGGCUGCGCAUGCGCGGAGCGGCCCCGCCAGGUUCAAACAGCGCGCGGGAGAGAGCGCGGAGAGAAAGCGGAAAAAAUGGACGCCGGCGGGCUCCCCCCGGUGGCGGUGGCGGAGAAGCAGAGCCAGGAGCUGCUGCGGCAGCUGAGCUCGGGCGGCGUCGAGGAGCUGCUGCGGCGGGGGCUGCAGCGGCGGGAGCGGCUGCACCGGCGGCUCCGGGAGGCGCAGGGCCGGGCACGGGAGCUGGCUCAGGGUCUCUCUGAGGCCGAGGCCGGGCUCUGCCAUCGCCUCCGGGGCGCCCAGGCCGACGCGCAGCGGCUCCGGGGCCGCAGGCAGGAGCUGGACACGGAGCUGUGCCAGGCCCAGGGCAGCCUGGGCACUGCCAGGGACAGAACACAGGCGCUGCGCCGGGCCCUGCAGGAGCUGCAGGAGCAGCUGCAGCAGAACCAGGACGAGGAGGAUGAGGAGCAGAGCCUUCCUCCCGAUGUGUACGUGGCCCAGCUGUACUACGAGAUCAGCAGGAUCGACUGGGACUGCAGCGCCGAGCCCGGCCGCAUCCGAGGGGUUCACUACGGCCCCGACAUCGCCGUGCCCCUGGACCUGGACGGGGCCCAGCACUCGGGCACCUUCGUCAGCGACUUCCUCUGGGGGCUGGUGCCCACCGAGUGGAGAGCCCGGAGACCCCCGGUGCUGCCCCGCGAGCCGCCGGCACCGUGAGACCCCUCCCCAUUAAACCACUCCUCUCUUUAUUCUC